CAGCAUUUAACCUCGCAUAUCUCUGUCUUUCUAUCUUAUCCCCAGUCUAGAAUUUGGAGUUGGAGUUAGAGUGCAGCAGAGUGUAAAAGUGAUAUAGACUGAUAGUCAGCAGCUCUUGAGUUUGACUCCGUUUGAUUAUUAUUUGACACAAGUUUUUUAACAGAGAAAUAGUGGAUUUAAGGAAUUCAACAAAUUUAAUACCUAGAAAUUAAGAAGAGACGAAAAAUUCAAGAAACUUGAGGAAAAUUCAAGAAACAAUUAUAGGCAAGGAAAGAAUUGCAGGACAGCACCUGCAAGCAAAUUAAAAUAAAGAAUGAGAAAGUGAAGAGAUUUAGGAAGAACAUUCUAUGCAGAAUUACAGAAAUUAUCAUUGAACGAAGAACACUUGAUACUGAUAACAUUGAUAAUUGACGUGGUGCACAAUUGUAACAAGUAACGACUGACACAAACGAAUCGAGCAAAAUGGUCCUCGAACAAUACAAAGAAAUUGUUGGAACUUGUGCCAUGUACACUACGAUGGCACAAAUGUUAGCUGGAACAUUAAUAUGCAAGGACAUAUACAAGAAAGGUACAGCCAGAGGAGUUGAUCCAAUGCCUUUCCUUGGUGGAAUAGGAUUAUGCAUCCUGAUGCUUCGAUACGCAUUGAUGUUAAGUGAUUCUACUAUGAUAAAUGUUAAUGUGUUUGGCUUAUUGACAAACAUUAUCUAUAUGACAGUGUAUUACUACUAUGCACCAAAUACGAGAGAAGUGUUUAACUUGAUAUUUAAAGUAACAGUUUUUGUGAUAAUAUUCCUUGUAUAUGCGCAAGUUGAACAUCCAGCAAAUGUCGAAUUUAGAUUUGGCAUUGUGGUUACAGUACUCCUUCUUCUCUUAAUUGCAUCUCCUUUAAUGCAUCUGGAGAAAGUUAUAAAAACAAAAAGCACCGAAAUUCUUCCAUUUCCACUUAUCUUUAUGGGCACUAUGGUUUCCUUUCUGUGGUUACUGUAUGGUAUUAUCAUCAAUAAUGUUUUCAUAAUUUUUCAGAAUGCAGUUGGUUUUACUCUUAGCAUAGCUCAAUUAUCUCUUUUGUGAUAUUCCCAUCCAAAAAGUCACGAGCUGAAUUAUUGAAUGAGGAGAAAAAAGAAGAUUAAAACGGUCUUCCAGAAUUCUAAAAAGAAGAAAAUACUA